AUGGCAGAUGGAUACGAUAUGGUGGGGAGCGCUGCCGAGUAUAUACCAGACCACCUUUAUUUUGCUACCUGCCGGGUGAGACCACGGUCCAGACCUAACACUCACUAUUUUAGUAUUGAUGAUGAACUUGUCUAUGAAAAUUUUUAUAUGGACUUUGGCCCCUUAAAUCUUGGAAUGCUGUACAGAUACUGCUGCAAACUUAACAAAAAACUAAAGUCACAAAAUUUGAGUCGGAAGAAGAUUGUCCAUUACACAAGUUUAGAUGGCCGGAAGAGAGUUAAUGCUGCAUUUCUUAUUGGUUCUUAUGCAAUCAUUUAUUUAAAAAUGACUCCAGAAGAAGCAUAUCGACCAUUAGUUAAUAAUAGUAUGAAUCCUCAAUAUAUACCAUUCAGAGAUGCUUCAUUUGGUUCCAACACAUUCAACCUUUAUCUUCUUGAUUGUCUACAUGCAGUUAGCAAGGCGUUAAUACAUGGAUUUUUCAACUUUGAAACAUUUGAUGUUGAAGAAUAUGAAUAUUAUGAGAAAGUAGAAAAUGGAGAUUUGAACUGGAUUAUCCCAAAUAAAUUUUUGGCAUUUUGUGGCCCUCACCCUAAACAAGCAAGGGAAGAUGGCUAUCCAGUUCACUCCCCAGAGGCUUAUUUCUCAUACUUUCGUGAACACACUGUAACUGCUGUUGUUCGCCUGAAUAAGAAAAUAUAUGAUGCUAAGCGUUUUACCGAUGCCGGUUUUGACCAUUAUGAUUUGUUCUUUGUUGAUGGCAGUGUGCCUACUGACAGCAUUGUUCGUAAAUUUUUGGAAAUUAGUGAGAAAUGUGAAGGUGCACUUGCUAUUCACUGCAAAGCUGGCCUUGGUAGAACUGGCACUUUGAUUGCCUGCUACAUCAUGAAACACUACAAAUUUACAGCUGCUGAAGCCAUUGCCUGGUUGCGGAUCUGUCGACCGGGAUCUGUCAUUGGCCCGCAGCAGAACUUUCUGGUUGAAAAACAAGCCUGGUUAUGGAUGCAAGGAGAGCUUUAUCGUAGUAAGCUAAAAGAUCGUGACCGAAGCUAUGAAAACAACAGCGUAUCCAAGAUCAUGUCUGCAGUUGAUGAUAUGAAAAUUAAUGAUCAUAGAAUCAGCAGCUUGGAAAAUGAUAAACCUUCAUUUGAUUUGUAUGAACGGGAUGAUGAAAAUGGAAAUGAGAAGUAUCCAACCAAAGGUGGGAAACUUAGCACUCAGGGUGAUAAACUGAAUCAAAUCAAAGCCCAGAGGAAACACACAAGAUCUGCCACAACUGGUACCAUUUCUUCCAGUGAAACGAAAAUACAUAAGAGGUCAUCCAGCCAGUCCUUCAAAGCAUUUGGUGUGAAGAGUUCACAAGGUUUUGUUUCUCCAUUAAAGACCUCACGUGUGGCUGCUGUGAAUGCCAAUAAUUUGGCAAAUUCUUCUGUGGCAUCAUCAGGCAGUACAACCAAUAAACGAACAACCCGCUUGUCUGCAGCAUCUUCUCAGAACCACAGUGCCAAAAGGUUGGUCUGA